UUAUCAGUAUUUACAGACAACAAGUCUACAUGUUUGUAUAACCAAACUGAUAUGCCAUGUAGUAUUUGUUGAACAUAAAACUUUAAAAUUAAAUUUGUAAAUACAAAAAGUUGGAAAUAAAAAUAAAUUUAAAAGCAAGAAAUUUUCCUUAGCGCAGAGAACAACAAUAAUAACAAAAAAAAUAAAAAAAAAUUGAAUACAUGCAUAUCAGACUUGCUUAAAACAUUUCGAUGUGACAUAAUGGGAGAUAAUAAUCGUUAGAUAAGAGGACAACCGAAAACCUGGCCAAGUGUUUAGUCUUCACUCCACAUGUGAUAGUCUCAAAGUAAACGAUUUGAGCAUUGGGACAUUAUCAUUAUGUUGUUGAAUAAUUAUCUCUGUGAUCAAUAGUCUGUUCAGCGGAGCAGUAGUGUAGAAUCAUAACCAUUAGAUAAAAAGGUUAAACCAAGAGUUGUGCACUAUUUGAAAGACGGAGACAUGGAUUUGACUUACAGCUCUCUAUUGAUGUCACUCUGUUUGGUGUAUGCGAUGGCAGGGACCGUUCAGACAGAAAUGUCAACCAAUAAGACAUUACUUAACCUGGAAAAUUCAACUGUUGAUACUAGUAUAGUUGUAGAUAGUAUUAUAUUAUCAAAUAGUACUGUUACAUCAAAUAGUACUGAAUUAUCAAAUAGUAUUAUCACAUCAAAUAGUACUGAAUUAUUCAAUAGUAAUGCUACAUCAAAUAGUAUCAUGACAUUAAAUGGUAAUGCUACAUCAAAUAGUACCUUAACAUUGAAUAGUACUGUAACAGAAAGCACACAGAUGCCUAACAAUGUGGAAACAUUAAGUCCGGAGAUUAUCAAACUAAAGGAUUAUGCACACAGUCUUAUAGCAAACAACUUUACAUCCAACGAUCAAUGCAAAAGUAAAGUUUCCAGUUUAGUAGAUGUACAAGCCUCUGUUGAAAAAGCUUGUGAACAGUUAAAAAUGGCUAAAGGUGAAACUUGGAAGGUCUUAGAAUGCAACGAAAAUGACUAUGAUCUUUUAAACAACGGUGUUUGUAUUCAUGACAUUUUGUCGACAUUAAGUCCAGAAACCAUCAAACUGAAGAACAUUGCUCUCAGCCUCAUAAAAAACAACUUUACAUCUGGCAUUAAUUGUACGACUAUACUUCCAAAAAUUCUGGACACUCAAACCACGGUAGACGGUGCUUGUUUCAUGUUAAAAGCGGCUGAAGGUUCUAUUUGGGAGAGUCAAGGCUGCAAUAAAGAAGACUAUAAGCUUAUAAAACAUGAGAUGUGCAACGACUUUCUAGGAACAACAAUAUCUUCCCUGAAGACAACACAGUCCCCUGAGGAGAUAAAGCGGCACCGAGCUAUCGUCAUGUGUGUCAUCGACAACGAGCUCUCGUCGCAGGAAUGUACCAGCACAGCCCGAGGACAGUCUAAAGGGGAAGAAGACCCUGAAAAAGGGUGCGAGAAACUCAAGUCGUUCGCCAGCACCCUGAGCCUGUUCCACUGCACGGAUGAGGAUUACAGGAAGCUGUACAGCGUCAUCUGCGACAAGCAGAACUACUCUUGCUCUCCAAUCACGUCCCUUCUUAAAAAACUAACAAACAGCUGCAUGUUGACCAUGAGUGCUGCCACUAGCGAGUUAAAAGGAGAUAACGCCUGCAGGUACGUGGAGAGCUCCAAACGAGGCUUAUUAGAAAGCUCCACCUGCACAGAUGGAGAUUACGCGAUGAUUCACAGGCUCAUCUGCUCCGCUGAUCACUCCUUGAUCGAAGCCGUCGCCGAGGCAGAGCGCGUUGAGACCGCGGAGCUGACAAUCACCACGAAGCUGACCGACUCGUGUCGGAAUGUCAUCUGGCCUGAGUACAAACUGAGCAACAUGAGUCAAAUGUGUCAGAAGGUUAACAGGACAGGAAUGUCCUUAGUCAGGCAGAAUAUUUGCACUCGAGAAGAUUUUGAUCUCUUGAAGUCGACGCUCUGCAUCGUUCAUCGCGAGUAUUCCCCGGAAGAGACGAAACUCCGUGACGAGAUCCACAAGCUUAUCCUCACGCUAUCCGCCACCUGCAAGACCACCAUGCUGGAUCAGGAGAAGCAGAUGCAGGAAACCACGGUGCAGGAAGCCUGCACAAAGCUGACCGCUUCCAGAGAAGCGCUGAAGUCUUCGGACAUUUGUAACGAAGAGGAGCUUACGAAAAUAAAUAAACUCAUUUGUAACGGAGCCUGUACCUUGAUAUCUAGCUGGGUUAUCGCCCUUUCCUUUAGCUUUACAUUCUCAAAAUUAUUUUUUUCUUUGUAACGAUAUCAUUGAUAGGACUACGUAUUAUGAGUAAGAUAAUAUUCACUGACAUACAGAGGACGAUGUGCUAAUUCUCCUUUGGUGUCUGCAUUGCUGCAACUCAGCUCAGUGGCGUAUUUGGACGACCUCGCUUCCGCUAAUGUUCAUAUUGUUAUAUUGUUUCUUUUCACUUAAAAUGACAAAUAGCUCAAGUUUCGCGGAAAGAAACUUAGAGUUAAAAAAAUGUGGAAGAUUACAGAAUUUUCUUGGCCAAGGAGAUCCAUCUGUAUCCUACAUUUUUUACUUUCGCCUCAUGAAAGAAAGAAUAGUUGUGGCCCUAUGUGAGUGGCAGCAAAUUGAACAAUAAUAUUGCAUCAUCCUCUACCUACUUUUAAUUGUUUUCUUAUGAAAGAUUAUAAUAUUUAUAAUUCACUUUAUUUUAUAACUGUUACAUUAACAUGCUCAAUAGUCUGAGAAAGUUUGAAAAUCUGAGGAUUUAUUUUUAAAUGUUUGUUUAAUGUCUCUUCUACGAAGCUAAGAGUUUGAUUCUUUUUCUCUUAGUAACUAAUAAUGUAAGAUAUAAAAAAAUAUGAAACAUUUUUUACCUCGCCUAAAUUCCCUCAACCACCCAAACCGAAAGAAAAAAUUUGGUUAAGCGCAUGUAUGAAUCUACUCAAGAGUAUAUAAAAUUCUACUGGUAGGCCUUUAGAUCCAGGCUUAAAAGACUACGAAAAAGUACUUCUUUAUUUUGCUCUUUAAUGUCUAGUGACGAAAUACAGGGAAUACCCUUUCACGUACCUGAGUUCAUGAUUGUCUUAACAUUCAGACCAAAAUUAUUUUUUCAUGAUUAUGGCAUUUCAAAAAUUCAUAACGGUAAAACCAGAGUUUUCCAAAUGUAGCCAAUUAGCUAGAAAUUCUUUCCCCAAAGAUAUACAUAAACUGUCAAAUUUCUACAAAAGUGGAUACAGAAGUUUUCGAAAACCCUGUCCUCAUACGCUUCUUUUUACCGAUGAAGAAUUUGCAAUCUGAAUAGAGGAAUUCCAAAAAAUAGUUGAAUUGUUUGAGAUUUUAUGACGUCAUCUGUUUGUUACAAAUUGUACAUUCAAUUGUUUUUAAAUCAAUUUCAAUAGUUAUACUGUUAUAUUACACACCAAGAUUUGAAAACUCUGAGAGUUUCCCUGUCAUGCAUUGAGAACCGAUGAUUUUCAGCUCAACUGGACGACUAAUAAUCGAUGAUGUCACGUGGCCAGCACAACGACCGAACCCCCUCCCACCCAACGUAGAAGAGGCAAUCAGUAGACGAGUUAGGUGGUUCUAAAUGCGAUGUCUUCAUCGGAAGUCGCACUCGAGGCUCCUCGGUUCGGAUGCCUAGCACUAUACCACUCAGCCACCACUAAAUUUAAAAAAAAAGUUGAUACUAGAUCAUUUUGACAAUUAAAAUUGCUAUCUUUAUAAAUGUAUACCUUCUAAAAUUGAAUUGAAAGAGAUUUUGUGAAUGGUCAGAAACAAUGUCGAAAUGAUUAAAAGGAAAAACCUGUUGGUCAACCUC